CUGUGGUUUUGUUAUCAGCAGCCAGAGACCUUAUCAAAAAUGUCAAAAUGCGGAAGUAAAGUAUUUUGAACGAGCGAGACUACAGAAUUUUAAUUUGCAUUUAGGAAUACGGCAAACAAGGUCAACGUAAUAAUUUAAAGUAACAAGAAAAGUAAAAAAAUACAUAAUGGAAACAGUAACAUUUUUAGGAACUGUUGAUCGAUAUAAUGGUGUCACCGUAGAUUCUCAAAAAGAACCUUGCGAAUCUAAUAAUUUCAAACGCCAAAUCUCUGAUUCACUUAAAAAGUGGACUGAAGAGAAAAGACGAUGUAUUUGGUUUAAAGUUGACAUAAAAAAUGCUGAUUGGGUACCACUUUUAGCAAAUGAAGGUUUUAACUUCCACCAUUCUAGAGACAAUUUUGUAAUGAUGUAUAAAUGGUUGCCGACAGACAGGCCAGCUAAUUUACCACCAGCAUGCCAUACCAACUUAGGUGUUGGUGGACUAGUCUUGAAUGACAUGAACCAAAUGCUGGUGGUGGUAGAAAAACAUGCAGAAAUUAGUCACUGGAAACUUCCUGGAGGAUAUGUUGAAAGAGGUGAAGACAUCAAAGAUGCUGCAGUAAGAGAAAUUAAAGAAGAGACUGGUAUAGAUGCAGUGUUUAAAUCAUUGGUUACCUUCAGGCAUGCUCAUAACAGGAUGUUUGGCAACUCUGACAUUUAUGCUGUAGUCAUGUUAGAGGCCACAUCAGAUACAAUAAAGAAGUCAGAUAUAGAAAUUAAAGAUUGCAAAUGGAUGGAUAUUCAAGAGUUUUUGUCUCAUCCAGAAGUAUAUGGUUUCAAUCGCUUUAUUGUUCAGCAAGCAUUAGAUUUAUUAAAUAAUAGAAAAUUAAGAUUUAAUCUUGAUAAAAGUACAGUCCACUUUGGAAAGUUAACUACAGAAAUUACCUCUUUUGUAGUGGAAGAUUUGUAAUGUUUUAACAAAACAUCUAAGGAUUGUAAUGUAAAUUAGAAAGAUCCAAAUCUGAGUAAUUUAUAGCUCAAUUGAUUUUAUGGCAUAUGGGAUUAUGGUAUAUUACCUUCCUCCUGGUUAUUCUAUUGACAUUGACUAGCUAAUGUAUGUAUGUAGGUACACUUUUCAUAUUUAUAAUUAAAACAAAAUAUUUAAAACAAGCUUUUAAUGACUUACAGUGACAUUGCUCCUAGAGUAAUCCAAUUAUUUUAUUUUAAGAUAUUUUGUCACAAUCUUUAGUUGGAUUCGUCCAAUGAUUAUAUUUUUUAUGGUGAUUGUUUACAUAAUUGCUUAGUAACUUAAAUAACAGUUCAAGUACAAAGUUAAAAACAUUCAAUAUUAAUAACCAUUUUCAGUGUGGAGGCUACAUAAUAAUAUGAAAAUAUUAUACCUAUAUUAUUUUAAGUUUUUAUGAACCCCACUACACAAUGGAAUUAUUAGUAUUGGAUUGCUGUGUUAGGUUUAAUUAAUGACAUUUGUUAUGACCCUGGAAUUAGUUACUUAAGUAAUGGUAUAAUAAGAUGUUUUUAAUUUAAGUUGUGUCUAAAUAUGUUAACCUUCAAU